GGGUUCGCUGGGGCCAGAAAUCCCGGAGCCGCCCAGGAAUUUGGGCUCCGGCAGCGAGCAUUUCCUCCCGGGCCGGCCCGGCGCGAUCCCUCCCGGGGAGGGCUGCGGCGGGCAGACUGAGCGCUGCGCUCGGCCCGGCCGGCACCAUGCGGCCCCUGCUCUGCGCGCUGGCCGGGCUCGCCCUGCUCCGCGCCGCGGACGCCUUUGCCGCCGACGAGCCCUUUAGUGCCUCCCGAGGAGCCCCAGCCUGGAGCACAGGGUGUGACAGACAUGUGGCUAUCCAAGGCCGUUUGGAUGUCAUGGAAGAGACGGUGCAGAAGACUGUGGAGCACCUGGAAGCAGAAGUGAAAGGCUUGCUGGGCCUGCUGGAGGAGCUAGCCUGGAACCUGCCGGCGGGACCGCUGAGCCCAGCCCCUGACCUCCUCGGAGACGGUCCAUUCUGAACACAGGAGGUGACGGAGCCCAGCAGCUGGAGUGUCACCUUGCUGGACAGCCCUCCCCUGGGCACAGAGCUGCGUCUUCUCACCUUCCUCCCCCAGCUUUGUGUGAAAUAAAGGCUACUCCUUCCGUCCCCUCCGCAUCUGCUCACACAGCGACCCCUAUAGUCACAGCCACUCCCCGUUACUCACGAGCCCUGAGGUCCGUGUCUCCCUCCAGGCCCAGCCCUAGGAGCCCCCGGCAGUUUCUGCUUCAGCCCUCGUUUGUAGGGCCAGACGGGGGGUCGGGUGGGGUAUUGCAGGGGUGAGGGUCCUGCCCAGAAGCCCAGGGGCCUUUCUGGAGCCUUGCUGCUGAAGAACCACAUCACCUGAGUGUCGGAAAUGCAGAGCCCAGAGUCCAGGAUCAGAAUCUGAGGUUUAACAAGAUCCCCAGGGGAUUCGUGUACAUAUUAAAGUGUUCUUUUUUAAACUGAGGUAAAAAUUGCAUAUUGUAAAGUUCACCAUUUUAACUAUUCUAAACUAGAAACCAGUGGUUUCCACGACAUUCACAAUGUUGUGCAACCUUCACCACUAUCUAAUUCCAGAACCUUUUCAUCUCCCCCAACACAAACUCUGACCAUCAAUCAGUCACUCCCUGUCCCCCCUCCCACCAGCCCCAGGGAAACACAGAUCUCCUUUCUGUCUGCACAGAUUUGCCUAUUCUGGAUAUUUCAUGUAAAUGGAAUUGCAUAUAUAUAUAUAUAUAUAUUUCUUUUG